AUGCGCUUUAUUGUGAUCGGCUCUGUUCUCGUGUGUAUUGCGAUAAGUUUCAAAAUCGAUUUGCCUCACGUAAAUUGUAAUGUGGAUGGAACAGUUCAAACAGGUUGGGAGCCAAUACGUGAUUUAUUUCAAAAAACUUUCCAAGAUAAUCGCGACUUAGGUGCGUCCUUAGCUGUUUACCACCAAGGAGAACUAGUUGUGAAUUUAUGGGGCGGAUGGUUCGACAAACAGAAAACGAAGCCCUAUGAUAAUGAUACACUACAACUCGUCUUUUCAACAUCAAAAGGUCUUGUGGCAAUGGCUGUUGCUCUUUGUGUGCAACGUGGUUUAUUGAACUAUACUGAUAUGGUUAUAAAAUACUGGCCAGAAUAUGGACAAUGUGGCAAGGAAAAUACAACAGUGGCUGACAUCAUGUCGCAUAGAGCUGGAUUACCUGCAUUGAGGAAUACUAAUUUAUCGAUUCAUGAAUACUUAAAUUGGUGUUCAGUGAUUGAUAAACUGGAGAAACAAGAACCAUACUGGAUACCAGGUACGCAACAUGGUUAUCAUCCAUACACUUAUGGAUGGUUAGCUGGAGAACUUGUUCGACGUGUUGAUAUACAAAAAAGAACUUUAGGACAAUUUGUCACAGACGAAAUUGCAAAACAGACACAAAGCGAAUUUUAUAUUGGAUUACCUGAAGAAAACGAACAUCGUGUGUCACCAAUCGUCAUCAAAGAUUUCGGAAAUCACGUGUUUGAUGUAGAAACUAACUCAUUACUACAAGAAACAUUAUUACCUUAUUCAGAAUUAGAUAAAUUUAAUGAUCCAAAAGUACACCAAGCUGAGAUCCCUGCAGCGAAUGGGAUAACGAAUGCUCGAUCUUUAGCUCGAAUUUAUGCAUCUUUGAUUGGCGAUUUAGACACUUCAAAACGACUAUUGAAUGAGAUGGUCUUAAAACAAGCAACAAAAUCAAAUACACCUGAAAAUGAACCAGAUCAAGUUUUGAUGCAUAUACCGACCAUGUUCGGAAUGGGUUUCAUGACUUAUGGAUCAGUAUUUAAUGUAAUGGGACCAGGAACAUUUGGUCACAAUGCUGCUGUAAUUGUUUCUAUGGCAGUUGUUGUUAUUUCUAGUGCUCUUGUUAUUAUUUUUGUAGCUGUUGUUAUUUCUGUGGCUGUUGUUGUUGUUGUCGUUUUUAUGCUUGUUAUAGCAGUAUUAAUUGCUGUGCUCUCUUCUAUCGUUGUUUUUAUGAUUGUUGUUAUUGUUGUUGUUGUUGCUAUGGUUGUUAUUAUCUCAGAAGUCAAAGGAAUAUUAAAGCUGAGAAAAUAA